CGGCCGACACACCGACGCUGUCAGCCGCCAUGACGAGGCGGUGGCAGCCCGGCGGCACCGGCCCAGUGGCUCUGCUGCUGCUCGUGGCGCUCUUCUGGACAGAGGCUGAGGGCGCCUGUCUGCAGGACGACAUCACAGCUGACGGCUUCAGAGGCCUGCUCGCCUCCGGAGGCAACUAUGACCCAAUCAAAAUCACACUGACGCGCUGUAAGACGAUCUGCUCGGACACUGGCAACGGCGAGGCGGCGGUGGAGGACGGCAUGGCCUGCCUGUGCGGCACCGGAACCCAGCUCACGGGGCUCACCACGGCGACCUCGUGUCCCACCACCUGCACGGAGGACGGCGCGGAGUGCGGCGGUCCCGACGGCCUGGUGACGGGCGAGGCCGCCCCGCUCCGGUCCGGCCCGGUCGAGCUGACCCCGGUGACCUCACCGGUCACGGCGGGCGGCACGGCGGUCACCGCCGCCGGCACCACGCCCGCCGAGGUGGUCGACUUUGUCGUUAACCCCGGCGACGGAUCGCCACCGUUCCUGCUUGCUGGUACGGCAAAUGCCGUCCGCGGCACGGACUUCUCGGCCUCCCUGGACUACGUGAGCCCCGGCACGUUCACAAUCUCCGUGUCCAGUCCGUGGGCCGGCAACAGCUCCCAGGUGGUGGUGGAGAGCGCGCCGCUGCUGCUGGAACUCAACUGUCCGCCGCUGGUGGAGCCCAACCAGCCCUACUUCUGCUCGGCGACCGUCGGCGGCUCCGGCCUCCAGCUGACGGCCACAUUCAGCGAUGACAGCAUCGCCAUGACGGUGUCGCCACCGGAGGCGCCAUGGCUGAGUGUGGGCCACCCGCCGCCGAGGGGCAGGGCUCAGAGCCCCGUCCAGACCUCGGGCGGGGAGCUGGAGUUCACCCUGCGAUGGCCGUUCUCCCAGCGGACGCAGCUGAUGGCCCUGCACUGGCACGGAGCUGGAACAGGCGACUGUCAGCUCACGCUGAUGGAGGGCUCGUGCAGCGACGCCAGCCACGUGUUCUGUCCCAGCUCGGGCUUUUGUUCACCAUUUUGUCCGCUGGUGACGGGAACCAGUAACUACUCGUGCGACGCCAGUGAGCCGACCUUCUGCCCACUCUCCGGUCAGUGUUCCAUGUCGGACGGCACGUGUGCUGCACGUGCAGCUCCGAGCCUGGUCGCCUCGUCAGUGGCACCGACUACGUUCACAACCGCCGCUGAUGCCUAUGGAAAGCUCGACCUGUCCUCGGCGGGCACCUGGGCAGAGCCUGGCUGGUUUGCUAAGGUGACCUGCUCAACUGGCUCCGUGUCCUGGAUGGCGACGUCAGCCGGUACCGGAGACCUCGGCGCAACGUCCACCGACAAACGGUACAUGGUCGAGCUGGUGGGCAUCCCUCAGACACCAAUGGGCAUCGGGCACACCUGCGCAGCGAUGAGCGACAUCACUCUGACCGUCACCGACGGCAGCACCACGACUCUGACCAACACCACCGCCUGCCAGAUCCCCGUCGGCACCAUCACCGUUCAGGUAGAGCAGAACAGUGCCUCAGUGACGCCAGAAGCCAGCCCGGCACCGGGCGCCAACUUCAGCGGCGCCUUCGUCAUCCAGUCCAACGUGGAUGUCACCUUCAGUGUCACCAUCUCGCAGGGCGCGCCGGUCCAGCUCAACUACACCUUUGACACGGCGUCCGGGGUGGCGAACUUCCAGGAGAGCAUUCAGCAGUCGGUCACCACGGCGGACGUGUUCACGCACACGGUGCAAUUCGCCACGUCGGGGACAUUCACACUGAAAGUGACCGGGACGAACCUCCACAGCGUGCCGCUGCAGCCGGCGCACAGCGACCUGACGGUGAUCGUGCAGCACCCGGUGGUGGCCGAGUGGUUGCCGCAGCUGGGAGCCGACAGCCAGUUCCUGGCCGUCGUCACGGGCACCAAGAUACCGGCCGCUGUGGUGCUUGAAAUGCGCCUGCCCAGCACCGCCCAGCUGCCCACGGACGCCCACAUGGACAUAGACUUCGGAGACGGGUUCCCGAUAACCGGUCUUCAGCUCUCUGACGCUUCCAUCAAUCUGGCGGACAACACUCCGACUUCAGCAGCCGUCAACGGGUUCUUCGUGGCACCGGUUAACCAUGGCUUCGACAGUAGAGGCGUGUAUUCGGUCCAAAUCACCAUGAGAAACAAAAUCAGUGAGCAGGUUGAUACUAUUGAAGUCGUGAUAGAGAACAAAAUCAUUGGCCUCGAGGGUUUGAUUCUACAGAACCUGGACGACAGACGUGCCGAAGAACUACUGACGGGCAUGGGCGUGGAUGAGAACCAGUACCGGAAUGACCGCAACCUCACAUUUGGUUUCAACCUUCUGCAGGGAACCAUGACAAAAGUAACGCUGUUCAACGACUCCGACGGUGGCCAUAUAGAGAUGGCCUCAUACACCUUCAAAGACAAGGACAACCCCACCGCCGAGCAAUUCGUCUAUCACAUCAACACUAACCAAGAAAUCCCUCUGUCAUUUGUCGGCGAGAAUACUUACGAAACGACAGAUCCUGUCACAGUCAGAGUGAUUAUUCAGGACCCAAUUACCGAGAUCAGCGCACUGAAAAUCGCAAUGUCUGAACAACAGUCAGAAGACAACUUCAAGCUAAAGAAUUUCACGGCAAGCUGGACAUCGGCAAGUACAAUGCAAAUGUGUCUUGCGAUUCAUUUUGGCGACAAUUCUCCACUGGCAACAUUUGGAGACGAGAUCAUGUGCGCUGAAAAAUAUCCAUCAGCGGUAAACAUGCCCACAGCUCUGAGGAAUCCGAUGCCACUUGAAUUUCUCUACUGGAACAAAGGUAUUUACAACGUGACAAUUAAUGUGUUCAAUCCAAAAGACGAUGAGACCUAUGAGCUCUUAGUGAGCGUUUCCGAUGUUGCUUGUUCCAAUCCAACCGUUUCCAUCGUGGGAGCAUCAGAGGAGCGGGAAGAUCCACCUACUUAUCUCAAGUCGCAAGAAAUAGUGAUCGAGGCAAAGGCAGUGUUGAAUUGUGAUGCCUCUAUGACGACUAAGAAGCGUUGGGAAGUUAUACACAUCAAAACAGAAGAAUCAGAAUCUGCACACAUUAUGCACCAGCUUCCGCACUGGGACAAAGCUGACUUGGUCAUACCGAGGAAUUUCUUGAAGCCUGGUCUGUAUUUGCUUCAGUACACGAUGACAAUGCAAGACGAGGGUCUCACAGACGGCGAUAUAUUCCAGACCCAGUCCAAGGCAUAUCUAAAAGUCGAGCGCACUCCGCUUUACGCUGGUAUAAUCAAAGGUGCGGUGUCUAAAAUAGUGCGCGGGUGGAGCCAAACAAUUGUUCUCGACGCACUUAUGUACUCGGUUGACCCAGAUGAUGUGCUAUCAAAGGAUUUCACCUUCAAAUGGUACUGUCGGAGAACAGGUGAGGAAAGGGAAGGCGCACUGGGGGCCACAACGCCCCCUCAGUCUCUGGUUGGCAGACUGGCGGCGGCUGCAGUGCCCAGUCCGGAUCUGGGCGGCUGCUUCGGUGAGGGCCCUGGCCAGUUGGACUUUGACGGUGGAGUUCUAGAUUUGAAAACUGAGAUCCUGCAGCCGUAUCGCCAGCAGGUCACUUUCGUCAUCACGGCUGUCGUCAGCAAGGACGUCAGAAGCAGUAUGGCAGAGGUGCAAGUAGAAAUGCUCCGAGGCGAUCCACCAUUGAUCGAAGUGCAGUGUGCUGAUGAGCUUCUUUGCUCACCAUCCUUGGGAGGUGUGACCGUCAACCCUCAACAUAAUCUUGGACUGCGUGGCGGUUGUACCGAUGGCGAAUGCCCUAUGCCUCUAUCCUGGUCCUGGUCGCUUUCCACAGAAAGUGCCGAUGGCACGGUGACGGCAGUACCGAAUGCUGAGCAGUACCUUCCCACGCCAGACGCGGAAGAGGUCCGCAUCAGCAAGACCCUGUUUUCAGAUUUCUCCGGAAUAACAAAGUUCCAAAUCGGUCUGCAGGCGUCAGAUGGCGUAGUCGGCAACGACCCGGGCCAGGUGACUUACUUUGUGACUGUGAACCUGCCACCGGUGGUAGAUGGAAAGGAAUGCACAUGCGAACCUGUUGGAAGCAGUAGCUUUGCAGUUAUCGACACAUUUGCGAUCAAGUGUCAGACGCCCCUGGACCCGGAAGGUUUUCCUGUUGAGAAGUUUCAGUUCUUCACAACAGUCGAUGGAGAGGCACAUGUGCUGGCUGCCACAAAGACGCCAAAACUCAACACUAGCCUGCUUCUUGGAACGAACCAGCUACAUUACGUUACCGAAGACCAGCACGGCGCCAGUGCUCGAAAGGACAUUUGUGCAAUAACUACAGAGGCGCCAUCAGAGGAGGCUUUGCAAGCCUUCCUGGAUAGCAAAGCUCUCUUGAGCUUGGCGGGCACUGGUGAUUCACGCAGUGCCAUUCCCAUCAUUCAGGCGGUUGCUUCGCUGGAUAAGACGACAGACAGAACCACGAUGACGCUCGAAGAACUUCAACAAGCAGACGUCGAAAAGGCGGCCUACAAUGACAGAAUGUUUCAGGCAAUCAGCAACAUGGCAACCACGUAUAAGGAAUCUAUUGAAUUGAUAGCCAGUGCGAUGAAUGCGCUCAUGUCAUACGGUUCAGAAAACUCCCUGAACUUAGAUAUGAAUGCGAUUGAGCUGGCCACGUACCUGCUGGAAUCACUGUCCAAAUCUGCCGCAGAUGCUGACUACUCUACUGCAGAUGAAAUGCUGGACUUAUUAAAGAAUGUAAUGGCAAGUGCAUCGAUCUCGAAAGACCAUUUGGCAGUGAGCACUACCAGUGAGUCUUGCGAGGACAUUCCGCUGGCAGACCUCGACAAGGCACCGUUUUUGCCCAUCGACACCGCACAAGACUAUGAGGCCAUAUCGGAAAAUCUUAGCCUUGAACAAGAACAGAAAUGCAACGUAAGGGACAUUGCCAGAGGGAAGACGUCAGGUUUGGAUGAUCGCAUUGAUAUAGCGGUUCAAAACAUUCAGGGCGCAGUCAUGCAGCGGAUGGUCCUUGAUGAGGAGGUCGAGGUACCUCUCCCCAAAGGAGGAGCCACAAAAAUGGCAAUAAAGAAGAGUCUUAGCGGAAUGAACGAAACUGUCGGCCAAGCAACAAUAGCGUGGCCAUCAAACAUGACCAUCAACGAUAACAAACCAAUUGCUGUGUCUGCUACAGACAAUGCCAAGAACUCAAAAACGACAGCGACUGGAGCUAGCAGCAUUUCAGUCACAUCACGUGUGCUAGCCCUAAAUGUUUUCGAUCGCAAUCUCAAGCCAGUAACAGUCGCCAAUAUUUCGAGCGGAAUACUGAUGAGGAUUUCUCAAACGUACAACAACGCAACUAAUCGGAAUUGUACAGACUGUCCAGCGCCACCUACUCAAAUCAUUUCUGCUGAUGCUCUGAAAGGAAAGGUGAACCCUGUCGUCUAUUCAACCAUCAAUAUAUCGAAACCGCAUAGCGCAUUCAAUAUAGAGCUAACGGCAUACAAUGGUCCUGUCAACGACGUAUUCGUGAUGAUCAGCUUUGGUCACAUGCCGACACUACGCAACCACUCUUUACUGAAGAUGGUCACAGAGUUCCCUUACGAGGAAGCUCUUGAACCAGACGACAUCAAUGCUACAGCAAAAUAUCGAUGGUUUGUUUCCGCAGACUGGGUCAACGAUCGCCGUGGUGCAGUGUACGUGGGCGUAGGCCAGUUCAACUCAUCCAGUGCGAAGUACAAUGCCACGAUCGCCAGUCUCAGCACCGGAGGCAAUUCACUCAGCGACGUCAAAAGUAGGGAAGUACUACGAACUGAGUUCACCAUGAGUGAGUACACCUUGCAGACAUACACGUCUUCAUGCUCUUUCUACGACGAAGAAUUGAAGAUGUGGUCGAGUGAGGGCUUGCGAGUGGCGGAGGCAGACCUACGCUCUAUCACAUGCAACAGUUCCCACUUGACAUCGUUCGCUUCAGGCUUGCAGAUGCAGCAACAGAUUCAACGGUAUCAUUUGUACUGA